AACGUGUCAAGCUCAUUGGGGUUUGUGCCGGACUCUCCGUCCAACGUGACGGAAGAAAGAGAGAGAACAUCUUCGAGAUGCUCGGAGCCAAAGAUUUAUGUUUUAUAACAUGCUUUUUUUCUCGUGUCCUCCCGCUGAAGCCAAAUCAAUUUCACUGUGCUGGGAGAGUUUUUGCUUCACAGGGCAGGUGUGGAGGAUGCAGAUGGGAGGGGGCUAGUUUUGUCUAAGCCCAGCAUUGGAUGUUUCGAGAGAGGGUGGGGACCGUAUCGCUCUCUCUCUCUCUGAAUCACUAUGGAGUUAAGGAGAGAAAAGCACACACAUAUACACGCAGCCAGCAGGAGGAUGCCUGAGCUGAAACGAAAAGCACGCUAUCUGUUAACCACGAUCUCAUCGCGGAGACGUGCACACCCAUCACGGCGAUGAGCGUAAGGGAGAGGCAGAGUGGGACACGUUACCAAGGAGACUGAAACGAUGGCUUGUACUGGCUACUCGAUUUCCUGAAGUCAGAAAGAACUUAGAGCUGUAAUGCCUGGCUCUGCCACUCAGGAGAACACCAUGAAGUCCCAGCAGAAGUGCAUCGCUGUGUUCGCGCUGGUCUGCUGUUUCGCCGUCUUGCUGGCUCUGAUCUUCUCUGCUGUGGACGUCUGGGGAGAGGACGAGGAUGGAGUCACUGAGGAAAACUGCAGCAAAGAUUGUCGUAUCGUCCUUGUUGAGAACAUCCCAGGAGAGCUGUCCUUCAACUCCAAUAGCACAACUCAUCUCUCUCUCACUUUGGGUCUCAACCAACUUUUGGACAAAGCCAAGCUGUCUGUCGAGAUAGUAUCACCACAAUGGGCCCUGACGUCCAGCGAUCAGGGGUCGCGGCUUUAUCCUGCCUAUCAGGGUCAGUUUUUGUUUCAGAGACUGCUAAGUCUGAAAUCUCGAGGUGUCAGAUUAAAGAUCGCCAGUGACCAGCCCAACUCCACUGAGCUGAAAGGCAUGACCGACCGCUAUGCAGAAGUGCGCUACGUCAACAUGACCGCCUUCACCAGAGGAAGACUCCUGUCCUCUUUUUGGGUGGUGGACAGGAAGCACAUUUACAUCGGCAGUGGCGGCAUGAGUUGGAAGGCGCUGUCCAAGCUCAAGGAGCUUGGAGUUAUAGUGUACAACUGCAGUUGUCUAGCUAUGGACCUGCACAGGAUCUUUGCUCUCUACUGGCAGCUGCAGCACAGAGACUACAUCCCUUCAAUCUGGUCCAAGAGAGUCACAGCCGUGUUCAGCAAAGAUGAACCACUUGAGCUCAAGCUCAACAAUACAGACGCUUACGCAUACGUAUCGACGUCGCCAGAGCUCUUUUGCCCAAAGGGUCGAAGCCGUGAUAUAGAUGCCAUCCGGCACCUUAUCCGAGAAGCGAGGAGAUUCGUCUACAUCUCUGUAACAGAUUACCUGCCCUUAGUGAACCGCAGCUUGAGAGGAUCUGCGAUUAUAAGAUAUUGGUCACCAGUAGACGAGAUGCUCCGAGAGGCCGCAGUUCUGAGAAAGGUCAAAGUUCGUCUCCUGAUAAGCCUGUGGACACACACACACCCGCUGACCUUCAACUUUAUGACAUCAAUGCAGGCGCUGUGCACAGGGCUCCCCGGCUGCUCUGUCGAGGCGAGAUUUUACAGAGGCAAGGAACAGACGGGAGGAAUAAAUGAGAAUAAAUUCAUGGUGACAGACAACGCGGUAUACAUAGGGAAUCUGGACUGGGUUGGCAGUGACUUUGCGUUCAAUGCAGGAGCCGGUCUGGUGAUUCAGGAAUCGCAGAGCCAGCAGCAGGACGGUCAGAACUCUAUUGUAGAGCAGAUGACGGCUGUAUUUGAAAGAGACUGGUUUUCACCCUACACAAUAAGCCUGCAGGCUGGCAAGAACAUCGUGCAGGAGAGCCAACACACGUGGCAGAAAGUACAGGCUCUGAAGACAAAACCAGAGAGCAGAGAGAGUGAUUGAGCGCAGGGAAUCUUUCUAAAGCGGAACCAAGAAGCAAAGCACACAGUUGUGCCUCCGAACAUCUGGGCCAUGACACUGAACAUCUGACUCUUUAAAUCCUGUCAAUGGAACUUAAUUAUUAGUGUGUACUCUCAUUUUUACAUUACAACAAUUUCAAUAAAAACAAAUUCCUGUAUUACAGGAUGGUUAGGUAAUGCAUGCUUAUUUAGAUAAGCAAACUCUAGUAGCUGUUGACUGUGCAAAUAGUCAACAUUCAUGAACUCAAUAUUCAAAGACUUUCCAAACCAAAAUAUUCAGACUUGAGGCUGCUCAAGGAGGAUUUUCAAGAAAGGACAUUGCCAAACGUUUAUAUUUGUUUUUCAUGAAAUGCUUCACUGGGAUCAUUAACAGAAUUUUUUUUAAUUCAUAUUUUUUAUAAACCAAAAACUCAAGAAACAUUUUGAUUAGUACAGUAGUAUGCAGUAUACAGCCUUUACAUACUGUAUACUGUGCACCAUUUCUUUCUGUUUGAGUAGACAUUAUAGCACCUAUACACUGUGUACAUAUAUAAAAUGUUUACAUCAUGAGGCAUGCACAGCAUUUUGAAGCUUGAACUAUAAUAUCACUUGCACAAAAUAAUUUUCACGUGGAAUGCAAGCUAAGCUUACACCCUUUAAAUAUAGCUUUAUAGAAUAGCUUUUUAUAUAUCAUUUAUUAUAUGACAUUUUAAUCUCAAAAAUCUUUAUCGACUGCUUUUUGCUGCCCUUCUACAGGUCACAUGACUUAGAUUUCUCUGCAGUUUGUGGCCUGAUGCUAAUAGCAUGUCUUUGCCUUAUAUAUGCUGCUAUAAACCGUAUCUGUUGUCGUUUUCUGGAUGACUACCUCCUAUUAUACAAUGUAUCUUAUGAUAUACUCCAUACGUAUAUAUUACUAUAUGAAACUGCUUGCUGUGGCAUGGGUAAUAUUUUGGACCGAGUUAUAUUGCAAUGUGCAUAAUGGUUUUCUUACAUGGAAUGAAAACAUCAUACGAGUAUAGCACCCUGACUGACUGUUAUAAUUAAAUAUUAAAACGUUCAUUAAACGUUGACUGCUGGUUGUAA